AUGGCACCCGUGAAAAAGCUUGUGGCGAAGGGGGGGCAAACAAAAAAAAAGAAGCAGGUUUUGAAGUUCACCCUUGAUUGCACCCACCCUGUAGAAGAUGGGAUCAUGGGCGCUGCUAAUUUCAAGCAGUUCCUCCAGGAGAGAAUCAAGGUGAACGGCAAAGCUGGGAAUCUCGGCGGAGGGGCUGCGACCAUCGACCGGAGCAAGAGCAAGAUCACUGUCACUUCCGAGGUGCCUUUCUCCAAAAGGUAUUUGAAAUAUCUCACCAAAAAAUAUUUGAAGAAGAACAAUCUCCGAGACUGGUUGCAUGUUGUCGCCAACAGCAAAGAGAGCUAUGAGCUGUGUUACUUCCAGAUUAACCAGAAUGAAGAGGAGGAGGAGGAGGAGGAUUAAGAUGCAUUGGUCUGGAAUGUUUUGUAUUAAUUCAUAAAUAAAAUUUAGGA